AUGACAAAACACAAGCUUCUGCUUGAUGGCACUCUCUCCUUGUUUCUGAUCGUGGCCUGUGAAGCUCAGCAGCUCCCGAGGACUCAUGUCACUGCUAGUUCUGGUCCUCUGUGUGAGAAGGAGGCAGAGUCCUGGGGAAACCUUUUCAGCAGUGAGCGGCUGGAUGCUUGGAUCUGUUCCCUCAUCGGCUCGUUCAUGGUGGGGCUGAGUGGGGUCUUCCCCUUGCUGGUGAUCCCAUUUGAGACGGGAGCCGCUCUGCGGUCAGAAGCUGGCUCACACCGUUUGAAGCAGUUGUUGAGCUUUGCAAUUGGUGGACUACUGGGCAAUGUGUUUCUGCACCUGCUUCCUGAAGCCUGGGCUUACACAUGCAGUGCAACGACAGGAGUAGGGCAGAGCUUUCAGCAGCAGAAGCUUCUGGGUCUCUGGGUGAUCAUUGGUCUCCUGACCUUCCUGGUGCUAGAGAAGAUCUUCCUAGAGAAAGAAGAGGAGUGCCCUGGUGUGGGCUGUGAUUCCAAAGCACCAGGUGGAAAGGUUCCCAAUGGAAGUGGCUACCCGCUGCCAAAGGUGGCAGGCCAAUCCCAAAGAGCAGGAGCAGGUUCAACUCAGUGUAAUGGCUCCUCUCUCCAGUCUUGUCCAACGGACAACAGAAUCAAGAUCAGUGGGUACCUCAAUCUGCUGGCCAACACCAUUGAUAACUUUACACAUGGCCUGGCGGUAGCAGCCAGCUUCCUGGUCAGCAGAAAGGUUGGGUUCCUAACCACAAUGGCCAUUCUCCUGCAUGAAAUCCCACAUGAGGUUGGAGACUUUGCAAUCCUACUUCGGGCUGGCUUUGACCGCUGGAGUGCAGCCAAGAUGCAGCUUUCCACAGCUCUGGGGGGAGUUCUAGGAGCCUGCUUUGCAAUAUGUGCUCAGUCACCAAAAGGAGCAGGUGAAACAGUAGCUUGGAUCCUCCCUUUCACUUCUGGAGGAUUUCUCUAUAUUGCCUUGGUAAAUGUUGUGCCUGAUCUCUUGGAGGAAAAGAAUCCUUGGAACUCCCUGCAGCAAAUUCUGCUCCUGUGUACAGGCAUUACAGUCAUGGUGCUACUCUCGCUCACAACGGAGUGACCUCUGCACAGACCUCACGAUGUCUCCCAGAGCCACCACAGUGAUGCUGAGCUGUUACAAAGCAAUAAGGAACACUAAUGUUACUUCCUAUGUGUGUGUGUGUGCAGAUCUGGCUGCUAGUGUGAGAAGCAGGUGAGAAAGAGGUCUGGGUGUGCAGGACUUCGUUCCCUGGCUCUCCUGUCCCUGUUCUGCUAAAAUCCACACAUCAGGGCUUCCGUUUUGUUUUGGGUUUUUUUGUCUAUUUUUACUGGAGCAAAAGAUACAGUGAGCAGAGAUGAACUGAACAACUGCUCCACAGCAAAAGGACACUGUUUCGUUCAGUUCAUUUUGAUGGAACUGC